CAACGUACACCUGUGCCAUCCGGAUGAUAUUAAGAAAUAAAACCACAUUCAACGUCUAUUUCACUAAAUUUAUUUUCAUACAAUUAUUCACACCGAAGCUUUGCAAGAACUAGGAAAUGGAGUCCAUCAUUUGUUUAGAAUUGAUAUUGAAACAUGGAAAUAUUUCAUGCAAUGUGUAAAAGCAAGAGGCGGAUAAGGUAGUAGUGUAUAGCGAUACUGGUGUAACAAGAAUAGGACGAAUGAAUGCAGCAAAUGGACGAGAGAAAAGAAAAUGUGACAGAUGUUGUGACGAGCCGUUUUGGUGCUGAGAAGAAUUGGAGUAUAUUUCACCCUGUUGUUCACGAAUGGAAGGGUAUGGGUAUCGAGCGGUUCUGCUACCCACCCAAGCCCCCGAUUUGCAGUUGGUUUGCAGCAUUCAUUUUACUAAUUUAUAUUUCAUUAGGUUCAGCAUGUGAUAUUGUACAUUGUCAAACUUUAUUCAGUUCAGCAAAAGAUGCAGAGAAAUCCACAGAAAUAAAGAAAUUAGCUGCCUUACAGAGAGAAUCUCCUCGCUGUAUCUCUCUCAGGACAUACAUAGACUGUUUAGUAAAGCAGAAACGAUUCUGUCAUUCAGAUAUCACUUUUAAUGGAAAUUUAGCGGGUUUAAAAGCAAAAAUGAAUAGACAUAAAUGUUCUGCUGAUCCAGAGGCAUCGAUAUUUGAUCCGGAAACAAUGCAGGUUACUGGUCCUCGCCCACCAAGUGUUGAUCGUAUGUGUUCAUACAGUGGAAAACCAAUAUAUAAACAAUGUGGAUUAUUUGGUGAUCCCCACUUGCGAAUGUUUAAUGAGGAAUUUCAGACUUGUAAAGUUGAGGGGGCUUGGGCAUUAGUGGAUAAUAAACAUUUAACUGUUCAGGUCACAAAUGAUCCAGUGAUUAACAGUGGAGAUGCAACAGCAACUAGCAAGUUGACAGUGAUUAUAAAGAAGAAUGAAGAUUGUGCAUCAAGUCAAUUCAUAACAUAUACUGCUCAGACAGGUCAUUUACCUGGUUCCUUUUCGUUAGGACAAACACACUAUGGUCCCGAAAGAAGUGUGGAAGUAAUUGAAAAAGAACCAGGAAAAAGUGUAGUGAUUUAUUUGCGUUACAUUGACACAACAAUUAAAGUGCAACAAAUUGGACGAUAUUUUACAUUCGCCAUAAAAAUGCCAGAAGGAGUCUUAAAUUCCAGUGAAAUAAGUGACAAAUUAGAAUUAUGUGUUCAAGGAUGUCCAAUUAACGAGAGAAUUAAUUAUAAACAAUACUUUUCAGAAGUUCAGCGGACGAACAAACACAGUAAAAUGGCACUAAGCAAAGCUUUAAAGAUGUGCCGUGACGCUAGUGUUGUCGAUUUCUACUUUGAUUCAUGUGUUUUUGAUCUCUUAACAACGGGUGACGAGAACUUUACAGCAGCAGCUUAUCAAGCGUGGCAAGACUUGAUUGAAUUGAACCCAGAACUUCGCCAAACUCAGGAUAAUCGGACUGAAUUACCCAUAGUACCGAGUAGUGCUUCUAGCGAGAAGACUAAAUUUUGGUAUUCUUCAAGGAUACUGCUAUUAUCAGUGCUAUUAUGUGUGUUGCUAUCAAUGCCGUCAUGAUGAACGAUGGGAUUUGUUGUUAUGUUGUUGUUACGUUAUUAGAUCAGUUUAUUUAAGGUGCAAAAGUCUUGAUGACACUCCAUUAUUUAAUAACAGUCUUCAUUAAUUAUCAAUAUGGUAGUUUGGAAAUUCACAACUAAAUUUGUAUCUGACUUAUUUCAUAUAAAAACAUGCUAGGACUAAUAGAUUUACUAAUCUAUUAGUCCAAUAUGCAUUUCAAUAGUAUUUAUGAUCAAACUAUAUACUCAAUAUUGAUUCCUAUUGACUGUAACACUGUGUUUUAAAAUACCAUUGAAAGUAUAUUAUUUGGUUACCAAUCACCAGUGCUUGCAAUUGCAUUUUUGCCAUUUGUUCUGAUAUUUGAUGGUUCUUGAAUCUGCUCCUGAGAUAUCCUAAGGCUAGAAUAGACAUCUAUCAAUUAACUUUAACAAUGUUAAUUCAUCAAUCAUUCAACCUGUUAGAACAGUGGCAAAGAGUUCGAACUUUCAUGUUGAUAUUUAAUCAGAUAGUAAAUUUUCAAUGCUGUUUUUAAAUGCAUUGUAAUCUUCACAAGAUUUCUGUUGGCUAUAAAUGUGUCACUUUGACUUUGAAUGACUGUGUUGCAGUGCUCUACAAGUUUUGAUUUAUGUGUAAAAAUUUGCAUAAGUUGGUGAGUGUAGUUGAGUCUGAUGAAUGCAGAUUGUGUAUAUUUUAUGUGCAAUUGUGUGUAUCUGUCUGUGAGUGUAUGUGUGCUUGUUUUUUUAUGCAUUAUGUUUACUAUGAACCAUGUAUAUGAAUGAGAUGAUAUUUAGGUUUAUUUUGUGUCAUUAUGUGAACUUUGGACCAAUAAAGCCCAGUUGUUGUCAAUCAGAACUUUUUUUUCUUUUUGAACAUUUGAAAAUGGCUUACCAUUUAUUUCACAAAUUUAGUCAAUUAUUCUAAAAAUAUUCUCCAUAACUGGAAAAUUUAUUACAAUCAAUAAUGUAGUUGCUUAGGUCAUAAAACUUUUUAUUUGUUUUGAUAAUUCAAUUAAACGAUAAUUAUGCAUCAUCUUUUUUCAGUUACAUAGCAAUGUUUUCUUGAUUUUUUUAGGAUAAAGGGGGGUGGAUAAAAAAAAAACCAGAGUACCUAGGUAUUAAAAACAAAAAUAAAGCCAUAAAACAUUGGAAGUGUGUAAUUUCAGGUCCCUGGCUUCAUUUAAUGACACAUUAUGAACAUUUAAUUUGUAAUAAAAUUACAAGUGUAAAAUCUGGAUAUAUAACCCUUCCCAAAUCUUUUGUCAUUCAAGUUUAAAAUUCUUGACCUAAGUGAUCAUAAAUUGAAACUCAAAUCCUUAAUGGUAGUCUGUUAGCUGCUCAAAGGCAAUGAAUGUGGCCACUGAGAAAAGAAGUCUUUUGUCUUGUUCACACAAUACAGAGGGAAAGGGGUGGAUAUUACUAACAUAGUUAACAUUCAAAUCAGGGUAUGAAUCGACCAAUUUCUUUCUUGGGUUAUACAUGAGCCUUUUGUCAGUACAAUACGAUGACCUGUCAAAAUUCAUCCACUUUUUUUCAGACAUAUGAAUUGUCCACUGUUUCCACACACACAGUUAUUUUGACCAGUCAGACUCUCUUUUGUUGACAUGUUCGUCAAAAUGUGUUUAAUUUCACUUAUUUCUUCAUUAAGAGUUUUAAAAGUAUUUCUUUUGUAUUACUUUUUUUAAGGUUGACCGCAUUUGAAAAGUUCAAUUUGCAAAAUUUUGUCUGUUGUGAUUUGAAAACUGAAAACUUUUGUUGAGUAGAUGCAUCCAGCUUAGGGCUUAAUCCCUAUUCAUACAAGUUUAGUUGGAAAGUUGAAGUUUACAACUUUUAGAAAGUGUUAAAAGUCAGCUUAGUACAAUUUUGUUAAAAUUAAGUUUGGUGAUCAUUGAUGGAAGAUAAUUCUUAUGGCUACCUGAUAAUCAAGAAUAGGGGAUUAAACUUCUUUCAUUUUCAAAAUUCUUAAUUCUAACAUCUUGCAGGUUAAGUAAAAAAUCAAAUUUUGAGAUAAAUUUCUUUUUAGCAUCCAUUUAUUAAUCUCAUCUUAAAUUUGUUAGUAUUAAUGUUGCAAUUUACGAAAAUAAUGGGGAGCAAUUUUACAGCUUAAUGAACAAUUAAGUAGGAAAAAAGUGAAGAUUCUUUGUUUGAAUGAAACACACAUGUUCACCUGGGUGUAGAUUUCACUUCUGAAAUAGGUUUAUGGUUAAAAGCUGAAAGAUAAGUUAUUUGGGCCUCUCAGAAGGUUUUACUAGCCUUAUCUCUACAUAAUCUUUCUUAUGUGCACACCUGCAUACAGGCUUUCAUAUGGGGCUCUGUGAAGGGGAACCAUAAUUUUAUUACUAUUUACUGGUGUCACAAAAAGUUCAAUGGGUACAAAACAAUGUUAAAUUCUACUCUUUUAAUUUUUACAGUCAAAAAUAUACACAGUUUACCAAAUUGAGAAGGCCUAACAUGAAUUCUUUUAAAAUGUAAUUGUUAAAGCAUUUGUUUACACAAGUCAAAUGCUAUAUAUACAUGUACAUGUUGAAGUUGAUGGAAAUGGCCAAAUAUUUACAUUACCCCAUAAAAUAUGGAAUAAAAUAGAACAGAUUUUAUUAUGUAAACAUGUGCCCAUUAAUGAUUUCUGACAGCGCACUUGGGAGCAUUGUAAAACUUGAAAACUACAAAGGAGGAAGGCUUAUUGAAAUUCAUGUAAAUCGAUUCUAAAAAAAAUUGGAAGAUGUAUUAUAAAUUUUGAUUGUUACUGUUUAACAUGGUAAUGUGUGAAAAAUUGAUUGAAAGUUAGAGUACAAAGAAAAUAAUUUGUGACAGCAAAGUUUUGUUUAUACAAGGUAAAAUACACACAAUGAAAAAGCAUGUGGAUGCUUUCCCUUUUAAUUGUGGUACUUUUCUCAGGUUUUUUUUAAUGAAAAAAAAUUAUAAUCAAAACUCACAAACUUGCAGUUAUAAUUAUAACAUUCAAAGGAUCUAGUUUUUAUGAAAUAUUACAGAAUAAACAGCAUUAAUAAACAUAUUUAAUAUUAGGAAAAUAAAUUGUGUGUAGACAAAAACUUUCAUGCACUAAAUAAAGAAUUUCAUGUUUGUCAUCCCAUUGCGAACCUCAAAUAUUUCUCUUGAAAUAUUACCCCUUUUUCAUGUUAAUAUACACACAACAUUAUGACUAUAAAUCAAUUUUUCAUAUACAAGAAAAUGGCCAUUAAAUGAUUAUACAUGUGCUAUUGCUUAAAAUGAAAUAUAUCAUAAAUGUUAUCAGAAGUGUUCUUUUUUUCUUUUUGCUAAGGUUGGAAGCUUUAAUAUAAAGUAUAGAUAUCAGCUGUAAUGACUUUUAAAGAGCAACUCCUUGGCUUUCAUUUCAUGGCAAAUGCAGCUUUGUUUUUUAUGCUUGCGAAUAUUUUAUCACAUUUAUGAAAAGGCUUUUAAGGGUAACAAAAACAUGUAAAAAUACUGAAAAUAAUUUCCAUAUUUAAUAAUACCAACUGUUAAAUUAAAUGAGACGGAACUCUCAAUGAAAGGAGAGAACAUUUUGGUAGUUUUUAUUUUUUUGUUCAGUGGUUGACUGUAAUCAUCUGAGGGUGACUGAAUCCCUACCUAACGUGAAUCAUAAAGAAAAAAAGUACUCUUCUUCUGUCGGUUUAUUAUGAAAACAUAAAAACAUCUGGAGGGAAUAUUUACAAAGAACUUGCAAAGAGAUUUCCCCUGUUAUCAACAACCUAAUGCACUCACUCACAUUUGAUCAGUUUCAAAAAGUUUUCACUUCUCCUUUGAACAUUUUAUGCUUAUGAAACAUAUGGUUAAAGAGGUAGCUUUCUUUUGAAAUAUCAUAAACAGUUUUUGUUAAAAGGAAAAUGACCUCUCCUAUUUUGAGAAGUGCCUUCCUUUUUGCUUUUAUUGCUUUCAUAUCAUGUAUACAAUCAUUCAGGAGUAAUUAUUUGAGCCAAGCUAUCUGAGCAGAGUAUAUAUAGUCAUAAACCAAUUUGUUAAAAAUAUUUUGAUAGAGUGCAUCUUUAAAGCAUGAUAUAUCUAGAUUUCAUUAGAUUUGGCAAAUUUUACUGUAAUUUACAAGUCAGACACUAUAAAGUGAGAAAUUUGUUCACAUACAGGCUAUUAUAAUUAUUUGCAUAUUGAUGUGAAAAAAAAUUGAAAGAUAAAAUAUUUUCAUGUGUUGAAAUUUUGCCAUAAAGAUGCUUUUAAGGACAUAACUUUCAAAAGAAAUGGUUAAAAUAGAAGAUCAAGGAUUGAAUUUGGGACUUAUUCAUUGAUAAAAUUGUUUGAACAGUGAACUUCCCUUUGUUGGGACCCCAGGUAAAAAUCUUGGCAAUAAACAAAAUGUGGAGAAAGGUUAGCCUUGUUAUCAUGUUAAAUGUUUAGAUAUCAACUUGAAGCUAGAGAUUUGAGGCCUUUGGCUAUAGAAAUUUAAAACCAUCUUAAUCCUCACUAAAAGCAAUUUUAAAUUGAACUUUCUGACAGGAGAUUGUCAUGUGAGGAAAACUUGAUACAUGGAUUUCUAAUGGGGAACCCAGAAGGCAUAAAAAGGGGAGUAGGCGGACUCUACAUGGAUUUCUAAUGGGGAACCCAGAAGGUAUAAAAAGGGGAGUAGGCUGACUCAUCAUAACUUGCAAAAGUAUCUAAAAGUAUCAACAUAAAAAAUUUAAAUAAUGUUGAUCUUUGUUUUACAUGAAUGUAAACAUUAGAUGAUAAAUGCCCCAGUUCAUAAUUAAUAUACCGUAACAUACAUUCUGUAGGUUGAAUGUAAUCUCUCAAAUUAAUAUUCAUCCUUAGAUCCCUUAAUCAGGAAAUAAACAUCACAUUCAUAUGACUUUUGGACUUUGUAAAAGUGGCCACAUUCAUUGUUUUUAUCAGAAGUGUUUUUUUUUAAAUGACUGUACAAUAUUAUAACACAGAGGGUGGUAAGAACGGAUCGAUUAGAUUUUACAUAGAUUUUUUGUUUAAUUUCCUAAUACAUGUAAUAUUGCAAGUAGCAUUGUAAUUUUAACAAAAUUGUAUCAGAAUUUAAAUUUUCUCAAAUAUGAAUUUAAAAUUUAAACAUUCAUGGUAAGCAAUUUGUCAAUAUUGUGUUCAUCAAAGCAGUGAAGAUUUUUUGUUUGUAAAUGGGUAUUCAGAUUUAAACCCUUUAAAAGUUUAGUAAAACAUAUCUUUUAAAUUGCACUGAAAUACCUUAGAUAACAAAGACUUCUUUUAUUUAUUUUUUUGGUUUUCAAUAUUAUCUAUAGUGUACUUCAAAUUUCUGUCAACUUUUGGGACUAUUUUGUUUAUCCAAGAAAAAAUAAUUUAUGCUACAUGUACAUGUUAAUACAGCAAUACUAAUUCUGUCCAUAAGGUCACAUGAUAAAUUUUGUCCAUAAGGUCACAGAGUUAUCUACCUCAUCUGUAUACAGUAUUUGUGUGGUAGCAUUUUAUGUUAUAAUGGCUUUAAUACAAACUGAUUUUGACAGAGAUUUUGUGAGAACGGUUUUAAAGCAUCCAGUGAAAUAUUAUUAUUGAAAUAAAAAAUAUUUAAAAAUUUAGAA